AUGGCAGACGUGCUCAGUGUCCUGCGACAGUACAACAUCCAGAAGAAGGAGAUCUUGGUGAAGGAGGACAAAGUCCUCUUUGGCCGCGAGUUCUCCUGGCCCAAGGACGUGAAGACCAACUACGUGGUGUGGGGGACCGGAACGGAAGGCCGGCCCAGGGAGCACUACACGCUGGAGUGCGUCCUAUUUCUCCUGAACAACGUGCACCUGUCCCAUCCCAUGUAUGUCCGCCUCGCGGCCACGGAGAACAUCCCUGUGGUGAGAAGACCCGACCGGAAAGACCUGCUUGCGUAUCUCAGUGGCGAAGCAUCCAGGUCGGCGAGUAUCGACCGGGGCGCCCCUGCAGAGCUCGGGCUGCAGCGGUCCACUCCGGGGAAGCGCGCUGCGGACCCCGCGUCAGCAGCAGCCAAGAAGCCCCGCACGGAGGACGGAGAGCGUGUGCGCCUCGACAAGGAGCGGUGGGCUGCCCGCUUGCAGGGUCACAGAGAAGGCAUCGUACGGCCUGCACAGAUCAGGCCGUUGUCGGAAACCAUGUCCGUGGAAAAAAUUGCUGCCAUCAAAGCCAAAAUCAUGGCGAAGAAAAGAUCCACCAUCAAGACGGACCUGGGUGGUCCCUUAGCCGCUCUCAAAGGGAGGAGCUUUGUGGACGCGGAGGUGGAUGUGACCCGGGACAUUGUCAGCAGAGAGCGAGGCGGGAGGACACGGACAACCAUCCUACAGAGCACGGGGAAGACCUUCGCCGAGGACAUUUUUGCAAUUCUUGAGUCUGUGGAAGCCAGAGAGGCAGGGCGAGCGCCCGAACAGCCACCGGCCCCAAAGGCAGCACCUGUGGCUCCCACAUUGCCUACCAAGCAGCCGACCCCAGCGGCCUACAACAGGUAUGUCCAGGAACGAUUCAAAGGGAAAGACACGGAAGGCUUCACAAUUGACACGAUGGGCACCUACCACGGGAUGACGCUGGAGUCGGUGAGGGAGGGUGCGGCGGCCCGUGAGACUCAGACCCCCGCGGCACAGCCAGUACCGAGACCCGUUUCUCAAGCAAGACCGCCCCCUCGUCAGAAGAAAGGCUCUCUGACCCCCAUCAUCAUAAUCCCUGCCGCCGCCACCUCCUUAAUAACCAUGCUGAACGCGAAGGACCUUCUGCAGGACCUGACCUUCGUCCCAUCAGAGGAGAAGAAGAAACAGGGCUGCCGACGAGAAAAUGAAACUCUGAUACAGAGGAGAAAAGACCAGAUGCAGCCGAGGGGCACCGCGCUCAGCCUCACGGUGCCCUACAGGGUCGUAGACCAGCCCCUGAAGCUCACGCCUCAGGACUGGGACCGGGUCGUGGCCGUCUUCGUGCACGGUCCUGCCUGGCAGUUCAAAGGGUGGCCGGGCCUUUUGCCUGGUGGAUCUCCAGUUGACCUCUUUGCCAAAAUUAAAGCCUUCCAUCUCAAAUAUGAUCAAGUUCCUCUAGACCCCAACGUGCAGAAGUGGGACGUAACGGUGUUAGAGCUCAGCUAUUACAAACGCCACUCGGACAGACGGCUUUUCUUAAGCUUCUGGGAAGCGCUGGAUAGGUACAUGGUAAGGCAUAAAUCCCACCUGAGAUUCUGA